GGUGGCUGGCGCCUCUUCUUCUGGGAACACUACAACGCCAGAAGGAAAGCUUAACAAGCCUGCCAGCAUCAGCCGUGACGCGCGUGACCAGCUUGAUCAAGCUGAAGUAUUGGCGAUGUACAUGCGCCACCGGCAAAUCACUCCAGUCCACUUCCUCACCGUUCUUCUUGAGGUUCAGGGCGAAUUCAGCAUUGUGAGGUCCCUUGAGCAGUGUGGCGCAAACGUAUACGAACUUAAGAAGGCAAUGAGCAACGUUCUCAUUAAGCUCCCUACCUCAGCGGACGUCGAGAUUGUCGAUGAGCUGGAAUCCACGCCUCAGCUAAAACGCGUGGCGCUCCGCGCUUUGGAAAUUGCGCAGAAGGACAAGAAGCAGACAAUCGGAAUGGAACAUUUGAUUACGUCUCUCUUUGAGGAGAAUAACCUGCGAAAGUCGUUGGAGCAAGCUGGAUGCAACGUCAAAGUCUUCCUGGAGCAUUCGACCACUAUGUACGAAAAUAAAUUCAAGCAAGACGUUGCCAGUCGAUCCAUGAAGAAGCAACCGACAGAAGGCAGCCCGGCCACCAGUAGAGCGAAACCUGACGCCUCCGACGAGGAGUUCGUCCAGAGCUUUGGUGUGGACAUGACGAAGUUGGCAGCGGAAGGUAAACUGGAGCCUGUUGUCGGUCGCAAUAAAGAGAUUAAAGAAGUCCUCACAGUUCUCAGUCGAAAGGGUAAGGGGAACCCCUGCCUUGUAGGCGAACCCGGUGUUGGCAAGACAGCUGUCGUCGAGGGUCUCGCUCAACGUCUCGUUGAGGGCAUGGUCCCCAAGUCGCUGGAGAACAAGAUCCUGUUCGCGGUCGACCUAGGUGCGCUCAUCGCUGGUGCGACAUACCGUGGCGAGUUCGAGAAGCGUAUGAAGGCACUGAUCCGAUACGCGGUGAACCAAGAAGGACGUGUCAUCCUCUUCAUCGACGAGCUUCACAUGCUUAUGGGCGCCGGAAAGAGCGAUGGCACGAUGGACGCUGCCAAUUUGUUGAAGCCUCCCAUGGCUAGAGGUGAAAUAAGACUUGUGGGAGCGACGACUCAGGAAGAGUACAAGAUCAUUGAGAAGGACGCGGCCAUGGAGCGCCGACUGAAGCCGAUCUUCAUUGAAGAGCCUUCGACCGACAGAGCAAUCUACAUCUUGAGGAAGCUGUCUGACAAGUUCGAAAGCCAUCACGAAAUGAAGAUAUCUGACGAGGCCAUCGUCGCUGCUGUUAUGCUCUCGCACAAAUACAUCAGGAACAGGAAGCUCCCUGACAAAGCUAUCGACUUGCUGGAUGAAGCGGCCGCAACAAAGCGCGUGAAAUGGGACUUGAGGUCCCUGAACGACGACGAAGUUGCUAUGGAGAGGAAAAAUAGCGAGCAGUUCGAGGAAGAGACCCGUAAAGUCGAGCAACAAGAUCAGCAACGGAUUGAAAAACAAAAUCACGGUGAUGGAACGGAAGAGGAAUUGAAGAACCUGGAGAAGGAAAUUGAAGAGCAGUCCCUUCACGAGAAGCAGGAGCUCGUUCUCACUGCUGAUGACGUGGCUCAGGUCAUUAGCUUGUGGACAGGCAUUCCACUUGCCAAGCUGACUGAUGAUGAAAAAUCGAAGAUUUUGCGCCUCUCCGAUUUGCUCCACUCGAGAGUCAUUGGUCAAGACGAUGCCGUGAAAGCAGUGGCGGACGCCAUGGUGCGAGCCCGGGCUGGUCUGAGCCGCGAAGGCAUGCCUGUCGGUUCGUUCCUCUUCCUAGGUCCCACUGGCGUUGGGAAAACAGAGCUGGCGAAGGCACUGGCAAUGGAAAUGUUCCACAGCGAGAAGAAUCUUAUUAGAAUUGACAUGAGUGAAUUUAGCGAGGCACACAGCGUUUCGCGUUUGAUUGGAAGUCCUCCCGGCUACGUCGGCCACGACGCUGGAGGGCAGCUCACUGAGGCUGUGCGUCGCAGGCCUCACAGCGUUGUCCUCUUUGACGAGAUUGAAAAAGGACACCAGCAAAUUCUUAACAUUAUGUUGCAGAUGCUGGAUGAAGGCCGACUGACAGAUGGCAAAGGUUUGUUGGUAGACUUCACGAACUGCGUCAUCAUUCUCACUUCAAAUGUCGGCGCGCAGUACAUCAUCUCGGCGUAUGAACAAGCAGAAAAGGAAUCCAAGACCGCAUUGGCAACCUUCGACCCCAAAAGCGGAAAUUUGGAGCAAUUCGCAGAAGCUGCGAAGGGUGCUGAAGCCGCAUCGGAAGGCGACGACUCAUCGUCAGAGAAAAAAGACAAGAAGGGAGCUGUCCUCGACAAGAACAAGAAGUCUGGAAAUUGGAAGAAGGAAGCACGAAGAAAGAUCUUGUCUGAGAUUGCAGGAUCAGGCCUUCUCAAGCCGGAAGUCGUCAACCGCUUCUCCGGAGUCAUUAUUUUCGAGCCGAUGAAUCCUGCAGACGUCAGAAAGAUCUUAGCCAUCCAAUCGAAGGACCUGAAAAAUGCGCUACAGCGAAAGGGAAUCGAGCUUGUCAUCGAUGCCUCUGCAGAGGAGUUCAUCGUGCAAAGGAGUUACACGCACAAGUUUGGCGCACGCCCCCUCAAGAGGUUUGUCGACAACCACAUCGGUGCAAAAAUGGCUCCGUGGAUUCUCAGCGGCUACCUCCAACCCGGCAUGCGGGUUACGGUUGUUGCUUCGAAAAGAAACAAGAACACGCUGGAAGCUCAUGUCUGCAAGGUAGUUAUGGGCAAGUGCGACAGGGCAACGAGAAAAGCACGUGUUCUUGCGUCUGUUGCGAAGAAAGACGACAGCAGCCCCGAUGAUCCCGGUCGAUAAGCUUUCCCAAGUGGUACCCUGGGCUCCACUGGAACUAUCAGGUGCUUGAGAGGUGUGUUGGACUCUGGAGACAGAAUCCACUCCACGUUCCCGGGCGUUCUGUAGAGCAGCGCAAGAAUGCUUUGCAAUAUGGUUGACUGAUGGAACAGGCGCUGCGCCCCCCGGGAUGCCGCCAUAUGGAUUUUUAAUGUCACAGUCUCUCCUGACGGUGACUUCACCUGGAAGAAAGAGCGACUUGUGGCGAGUUCUGAAUAGCAUAUUUCAAAUAAGGAGGUUCGCUCUAUUGUUUUCGUCGUACGGGCGUGGCAAAGUACUCUGCGAUUGUCAGCUUUCGUGAAGAGCAUGACAUCUUUACUUUAAACAUACAUAACUACCGCUUACGAUACUCUGUCGUGUCACGAUCUGUCGAUUCGCAACAAAGUUGGAAGAAGAGUCCUACCGUUGUGGAAUGGUGUGUGGUCAACAGCUGUCAGUGCCUGGAACUGGAAUCUCUGCCUCAUUCCUUCGGGCUGGUAAAUAGGUCACAUACCACGAAGUUGCGGGUGGAAUGUCAUACGGAUUGACACAUUGGUUGCACAGCAUCUAUCAAGAUGUCCUGUAGCCACAAGGUCCCGUGUCUUUUUGAUCCGUUUUUUGAAGACACUACUGUGUCCGCCUUGCUAAAGACGUGCGAUGUUGGCAGCAUCGUAUAACAUGGUUUUCUGCAACGCUGAGGAAACUUCGAAAGACAUCAAUUCACUUUGACA